AUGGAUGACGAAAGAAAACACUUUUUGCGGAAAUUUCGGGAAAUGGAUAUCGACAAAAAUGGCAUAUUGAGCAAAGAAGAAGUGAAGAGUUGCCUCCGUGCUUCGGGAUUUGACAAAAAGUUUAUCAAGAAAUUUCUAGCUGUCUUUGACGCAAAUGGAGAUGGCAACAUAACAGAAGAAGAAUACCUCCGAGUAGUAUGCACUGUUCCACAAAGGGAAAAGGCGGAAGCCUUCUGGAAGAGCGUCUUCGAUGAUGUUGACAAGGACAAGUCGGGCAAGAUUUCCUGUCCAGAACUGAUGACCCUGCUGAAGGACAUGAACUUUGACUGCAAGCUGUGUGAACUGCAAGAGUGGGUCCGACGACACGAUCAUGACUCAGACGGAGAAAUUGAUUUUCAAGAGUUCAUGACGAUGAUGACAGAGAGCACUGUAUAG